AUGGCCCACAACAGACACAUGCACACACAAACAUAAACCCAGUAACACAUUUGAAGUGCGGCCGCUAAGAACAGCCGAAGCCGAGAUGGCAGUGACGGGGGCUGAAGAUAUGCCACGGCAGUUCCCAAAGAUUGUUCUGAGUGAUGUGGAUGAGGAAGUUCGUCUGCUGGCGGAGAAGGUGUAUGCAUCGGCACUGAAGGAAGAGGACACAAAAGAUGCCCUGUCCAUGUACACUGUCCCUGAGGACUGUCCCAUAGGCUUGCAGGAAGCCAAACAGAGGGAGCUACUCAGAGAACUGGCUGAGCAACAGUCAGAGGAAAGUGCCAAACGGUCAGCAUCAGUCUUUAGUGUAGAUUACUAUUAGUAGCUUUGCCCUGCUUGAAACACCAGGCUGUACCAGACUACGGUGGACAAACUGGUCUUUG